GCAGUGGUGACGUCCUCGCUCUUUGUCGACGUAGCACCGGAUAGGCUGAACAGACCCGGAAAGAGUCCGGGUGUAGAGCUAGCUGCUGCAGUUACAGGAUAAAUAAAGACGUUUUUCUUUUUAAUUAUUUUCAUAUUAUUCAUGAACUCUUCCUCACUGAGAGCAGACAGCCGCGCUACACGCACACCAGCCACCUGGCCGCUGCUCGGGAUGGACGGCGAGGCGGACGGCUCGGUGGCGGUGCCCGGGUCCGGGCCGGAGGACCCCAGCAGGAGGCGCAGGGUGCACGGCAUGCUGAAGCUUUACUACGGGAUGAACGAGGAAGGAAAGGCCGAGGAGCGGCCGGAGUCCCUGGAUCCGUGCGACAUCAACGGGCCGCAUUUCGACCCCGAGGUGUUCCUCAACAAGCUCAGAAGAGAGUGUUCUCUUGCCGAGCUGAUGGACCAGGAGACCUGCAUGGUCAAGCAGAUCCGCUCUUUGGACAGCGACAUGCAGACGCUGGUGUAUGAAAACUACAACAAGUUCAUAUCUGCCACAGACACCAUAAGAAAGAUGAAGAACGAUUUCAAAAAGAUGGAGGAUGAAAUGGAUUGCCUGUCUGCUAACAUGGCGGCGAUCACUGAGUUCAGUGCUCGUAUCAGCGGGACUCUUCAAGACCAGCACACGCAGAUUACAAAACUUUCAGGGGUUCACACCUUGUUAAGGAAGCUGCAGUUUCUGUUUGAACUGCCUGCUAGGUUAAAUAAGUGUCUGGAGCUGCAGGCCUACGCUCAGGCAGUGAGAUCCCACCGCCGUGCCCGCUGUGUGCUGCAGCAGUACAGUCACCUGCCCUCCUUCAAGGGAAUUCAGGACGACUGUCACGCCAUCAUGGACAAGCUGGCGCAGGAGCUUCGACAGAAGUUCAGGGAUGGCGGAUCAAGCGCCAAAGAUUUAUCAGAGUGUGUGGAGCUGCUGCUACAGUUGGAUGAGCCAGCGGAAGAGCUCUGUGAUAAAUUCCUGAGCCACGCGCGGUCUCGACUUGAGUCCGACCUCCAGGGUCUGGAAGCAGAGAUAAGACCGUACCCGUCUGCACCAGCCAUGAAAGAUGCGUCUGCACAAAGGGCAUCUACUCCAGCUGCUGGAUCUCCGACUGAUAACUCCCCAAAAAUGAGCGCUACACCAUCUCCCACCUCAAACACUGACAUCCUGGAAUUCAUCGACAGAGGCUGCAAUGAAUUUGUCAGCAGCUUAUGUUUAGUUAUUACAUCCUAUCAGGAACUGUUCAUCAACCACGCUCCGAAAGGCGAGCUAGCAUCCAAAAAUAUUCCUCAGAUGGCGAACGGGAAGUUGAACGCCUUUGUAGAUGAUCUCGCUGCUCGAUAUUUCUCGCUCGUGGAGCGGAGAAUACAAGAGGAGAAAGGGGUCGCAGAUAACUCCCUCUUAGUCCGCGCACUCGACCGCUUCCACCGCAGACUUCAGGCUGUCACCAAGCUGCUGCCGGGCUCUGCCGUGCCAAACAAGGGGACUGAGAUUGUGAUCCGGGCAGCAACCGAGCGGGUCAAGCAGUACCUCUCUGCCCUGCAGAGCUUCUACAUGGACAGCUUGACAGAUGUGAGGCAGGCCCUGGCAACACCUCGGCUUUCUGUGGCCAGCGCUUCAGUGGGCGGAGGCGGAGCUCAUCUAGGAGGGCCGACAUCUGGCAGAGACGCUCCAACCAGCCUGCCAGAGCUGCUCUCCUCCCUGUCAGCCGCUAUUCUCAAUCAGAUAAAGUCAGUGUUGGCAUCAGUGCAUCUCUUCACAGCUAAGGACAUUACAUUCUCCAACAAGCCGUACUUCAAGGGUGAAUUCUGCAGCCAGGGUGUACGCGAGAACCUGGUGGUGAGCUUUAUAAAGUUUGUGUGCCAGUCUUCUCGACAGUUUUGUGAGAGCGCUGGAGACAAGGGAGGCUCGACUCCUCCGGCACUUCUGUUGCUGCUGUCCCGCCUCUGCUUGGACUAUGAAACCUCUACUAUCUCCUACAUACUCACUCUCACAGAUGAACAGUUCCUUGUGCAGCACCACAACCCUGUAACACCGGUCACAACUUUAUGUGCAGAAGCCAGGGAGGCAGCACAGAAACUGCUGAACCAUUACGUAAAGGUGCAGGGUCUGAUCAUCUCCCAGAUGUUAAGAAAGAGCGUGGAAACACGAGACUGGGUGAACACCAUCGAGCCACGAAAUGUCCGCGCCGUGAUGAAGAGAGUAGUAGAAGACACCACCUCGAUUGAUGUGCAGGUUGGUCUUCUGUAUGAAGAAGGUGUGAGGAAAGCACACAGCAGUGACUCCAGCAAAAGGACUUUCUCUGUGUACAGCAGCUCCAGGCAGCAAGCACGCUACGCUGCCAGCUACACUCCAAGUGCUCCCAUGGAUACUAAUCUACUGAGCAACAUACACAAGCUGUUUUCUGAGAGGAUUGACAUCUUCAGCUCGGUGGAGUUCAACAAGGUCUCUGUGAUGACAGGAAUUAUCAAAAUCAGUUUAAAGACUUUCCUCGAGUGCGUCCGCCUGCGCACCUUUGGCCGUUACGGGCUGCAGCAGAUCCAGGUCGACUGCCAUUACCUGCAGAUGUACCUGUGGCGGUUCGUCUCCGAUGAGAACCUCGUGCACUUCCUGCUGGACGAGAUAGUGGGGAGCUCCGCCCACCGCUGCUUGGAUCCCGCCCCGAUGGAGCAGAGCGUCAUCGAAGUCAUCUGUGAACGAGGUUAAAGCUCAAAGUGCAGCUCAGGCAGCUGGUACGGUUUUUACACUGGAAUCAAGGAUACAAAAUUAAAUCCUCUUUCUGUAAUUACUGUUAAAUGUUAAAUUUAUUGAUUCAGACUCUAAUUAUACUGUAAAAAAAAAUGAUCAGAAACAUUUGUGGCGAUCUCAGUAAUCCUGUCAGAAGUCAGCUAAAGCAAUGAAAGUGUCUGCAUUAACAGUCUUUUCUUUUUACUUGUGUUUUAUACGGAAGCCCUAAGAAGUCACGCAUUCAUACAUUUAGUUUCCUCCGUUUUCUCACGAUAACAUUAAUUUUAUUUGUUCUCUCGAGUGUCGAGAUAAGAAAUUAUGUCACGAAAUAACAGGAUAAUUUUCUCAAGAUCUCAAGAUAACGAAACAUUGUCUUCUCACGCUAACGCCAUAAUUAAUUCAAGAUUAAGACUAUACUUUUGUUUUCUUGAAAUCUCAAAUCGAUGAUGGCAUUAUCUCUGGAAAACAAAGUUUCAUUAUCUUGAGAUCUUAAGAAUAUUAUUCUAUUAUUUCAGGAUAACAUUUGUUACGUCAGGAUAAUGAGAAAAAUUAAAUGAACUGUAUGAGUGUAUGACCACUUAGGGCUUCUGUAGUUUGAAGUAUAGACAUUGCAUUUUACUAUGAAGGUGAAUAAAUCUACCAACACUUAACCAACCAAGACAUUCCAAGCGCCUGCCAUGCAAAGUGAACAUGAGCCUCGAUGUUUAACGUCUCAUCUCCUAUUUCUGCAAAGAUGGAAAGAAAAAUCAAUCGUCCGUGAUGCUAAAUUGCUUGUAGCUCAUCUCCGCCUUGAAGGAAGACGUGUUUUAAUCUGAAUGACUCAAUCUUGUGUAUUCAUGAAUGCUUUUUAGGGGUCUUUUUGCUGAAUAAUUUGCACUCUGAAUGUCAUCUGAUUACGUAACACGUGUAACACUAAAGUAACUGCAGCAGAUUUACUGUGUCUCUUGCCUUCAGGUCUGUCUGAUGAAGUUUCCAGUAUGUUUUUGGAAUGGUUUAAAUGUGUUAUGUCUACAAUAAAACUGUAUGAAUGAGCUUUAA